AUCUUUUGGUAAGGGACACACUCACUUUCACUCUCACUCGCCCACUCUACCAAACAGCAUAGAGAGGUCAGUGCAAAGCCACUGUUACUGAGGUGAGAGAGAGAGAGAUUUGGGGGAAGAAAAUGGCGGAUAGCCCUAAAUUUCUUAAAUGGGCGUCUCUUAUUCUGCUUGUUUUUGCUCAUUUGGCUUCUGAAAUCGUGGCUGAAGAUGGGUUGGUGGCAAACGGGGAUUUCGAAACACUCCCAUCUGGCGGGUUCCCAACGGACGGAGAAAUAGAAGGGCCCACCUCGAUUCCAAGCUGGACACUAAACGGCACCGUUGAGCUAGUUGAGUCUGGGCAAAAACAAGGUGGGAUGAUCCUCAUCGUACCGGAAGGAAGACACGCAGUGAGAUUAGGGAACGACGCCGAAAUAAGCCAAGAGCUGAAAGUGGAGAAAGGGGCACUGUAUUCAGUCACCUUCAGUGCUGCUCGCACGUGCGCCCAGCUCGAGUCCCUCAACGUGUCGGUGCCACCUGCAUCACAGACCAUAGACCUUCAGACUUUGUACAGCGUCCAGGGGUGGGACCCUUACACUUACGCUUUCGAACCCGAUGAUGAAACGGUGCGUUUGGUCUUCCGCAACCCUGGCAUGGAGGAUGACCCCACCUGUGGCCCCAUCAUUGACGAUAUUGCUAUCAAGAAAGUUUUUAUUCCUGAUAGACCUAAAGACAAUGCGGUGAACAAUGGAGAUUUCGAGUCCGGUCCAUGGAUGUUUAGGAACGGUUCACUGGGGGUCUUGAUCCCGACUAAUCUGGACGAAGAAACGUCGUCGUUGCCGGGUUGGAUAGUGGAAUCUAACCGGGCGGUCCGAUAUAUCGACUCGUACCAUUUCAACGUCCCACAAGGCAAACGAGCCAUCGAAUUGCUUUCAGGGAAAGAAGGCAUAAUUUCUCAAAUGGUGGAAACGACCCCGGAAAAGCCGUACACCAUGACGUUCUCUCUAGGCCAGGCCGGCGACAAGUGCAAACAGCCACUUGCCGUGAUGGCAUUCGCCGGAGAUCAGGCUCAGAACUUCCACUACACCGGCCCCGAUUCCAACUCCUCGUUUCAAAGCGUGAACCUCAACUUCACGGCCAAGGCCGACAGGACCAGGAUUGCCUUCUACAGUGUUUAUUACAAUACAAGGACCGACGAUAUGAGCUCCCUCUGUGGCCCGGUCGUCGAUGAUGUCAGGGUUUGGUUUUCUUCCUCUCGUAGAAAUGGGCCUGGAUAUUGGGCUUUCGGAGUUGGACUUGGGCUUUGGUUACUUGUUUGGGCCUUGGUUUAGGCCUCAAUCUGGGUUCCGCGGAAUUGUCGGCUUCCCACGUUUAUCGGCUUGGAGUUGUGGCAUGGCAAGAACCCCUCCCUACCCAAAGCUUGCUCUAGUUUGUAUUACGUGCUUUGCUUUAGAAUUUAAAAAUGUGAUCAAUUACGAGGGUUUAUGAUAUAAUAUUGUCCACUUUGAGCAUAA